GUCACAACAGUUGCGAUAAAAUUUUAAAUAAGUAGUUAAAAUGUUGCGUAUAAACUAUCAAAGUAAAAACGACUACGCAUUGAAAAUAAUAGUUAUGGCUGAAGACAUGAUGAUUAUUAACCGGGAAGUAAGUACUAUAACCAGUAAUGGAAGGCAAGGACAACAGCGGUUGUGAGUCAGUUGAUUUGCUAUCACCGGGCCGACUGAAAUUAAAAAAAUCGCAAAAGGGGCGAGCAGAAAUAAUUUUGGGGAUAAAGUUGAGCGGAGUUUGCUUGGUGGCUGAUCAGGUAAAACUAAAAUAAUUUGUUAGAAAGUUACACAAAAAACAGAACGUUUCCGGAAUACAAAAAUUCAUAUUUUUGAUGUCCCGACUUUCCAGUUAACGGACCGAGAGUACUUAUUUUCGCUGUAAAUGUUCAUACAAAGAUAAUGUUAUCGGUAGAAGUGUGAACUUACGGACAGCUCGGAGUAGUUAUUGUCAGUGAGGUAAAAAGGAAGCGUAGGCCGUGGAUUAAUUGUCCUUCUGUCAUUACAGUAUUUGCAAGUCAAAUUAAAUUAUUCUAAUGUUAAUUUUUAAAAGCCACUUUAAUUUGGCAAUAAUGGGUUUAUAUUUUCUGCAGUACGUUGAUUUGUUCCGCGCAGUUUGCGCGGGGUCGUAGUACUACUAGUCUGGUAACUUAUUACUGUUUUAUCUGCUUGGCGUAGCAGAGUCCUGCCGUCAGUUGAACUGAUGGGUGGGCCAGGGUGGCGGAUGUUUCGGUGUAAUUUUGUUUGUUUUUGGCCAGUCUGGCCAAAAGUGGCUGUGGCCAGCAGGUUUUUUUUACAUGGGUUCUUAACCCGAUGCGAAAUUCACAUCCGGUUAAGAACAAAAGUAAAAUGUGACGUACAUAACGGAUACUGCUAACUUGGCGAAUGCGGGGAUGUGAGGGCGGACACAACGACGACAGGCUAACAACGACGACAGGCUAAUUAACGACGACAGGCUAAUUAACGCGCGCCGAGCGGCUUACAAUUCGCAGCAGUCUGACAACUGUGAGCUACCUAGGUUUUUCAAUUCAGCCUGAUACUAGAAAUUGUCUUCGUGUAUGACGUGUCAGUAGAUCCUCAUUAGAAAAAGAUUCCACUCCGUGACUCCUGAAUUCAUCCGUAUCCAGGACCAGCUUAUCCGCUUUGUCUGUGCGAAGAUUGAUUGAUACAGAAAUGUCGUCUGUUCGUGCAGCGUAUGAGAUAGAAGCAGCCAUGAGAGCAUUUCCGAGCUAGAGGCUGAAGAAUUCAAGAACCCAGCGUACCUAUCCGGGCCAUCCAGAUCCUGCACUUCAAAAUUGCUUUCUAUUCAGCAGACUACUUGUUUGUGCGUUGUAGACCGAUAGCUGAACUCUCAUGGCUUCUGUUGCAUCUGCAGCAACAACGACACCCCCAAACGGAACCAAUUAAUGUUAUUCAUUUUGCGAUUUAUUGUUUGUCAGUUGUUGGAGACGGGAAUUCCAACUGCAGCGAUGUUUGACUGCAAAACUAACCGCUAUGACAUCCUGGGCGAUGACAACGUGUUCCGCAGUGGCCGGGUGGUCGACGUGGCGGUCAACGGGCUCUUCAUCGAUUUCUGUCCGAGUCGACGCCGCGAAUUCGUCCACUUCAAGCGUGUCUUCCAGAAUAUGCACCCCAUCAUAGAAAAGGAGGUGGUCUCGGCUUGCACCAUACCCGAAGCCAACUUUCCCGUCGACGUCCUGAGGCCAGAGACCCCGAACGGUCCCCUGGCAUGGCUCCCGGCACGCAUCGUCAGUGUGGCGCGCGGUAUGCGCCGUCCAGCAUGCAGCGUAGCCAUUGCCGAGUGGAUGGAGAACGGCGUUGCGUGUACGGAUCUCGUUCCGCUGAAGCGGCUGCGUUGGAGAGAUCACGGUGGCUCUGCAAAGAGCAUGGCGAGCGGACGGGUCGCUAAGUUUCAGCCAGUUAGAGCACGGGACUUCAAAAAACGUAGUGUUGCAUUGCCGGACGAAUGCCGCCAUGUGGAUGUCGAUAAAUUGCUCCUGCUGUUGAAUGAUAAAGCCUGUUGUUCCCAUCUCAAAGACUGCUCUAUCAUUUAUUUCGUGGAUGUCACUGACGGUCGCGUAUCGUUCAUCGAGGAAGAACGCAGAACUUUGCAUUAUCAUUUUCUCACUGAGAUUCGUAAAUGCAGGGAUCCGUUAAUCUCCCGUAUACGUUACAUUGCCGGGAUGCUGGCCGACGGGAACUCACAGCCGACGAGCAUCGACGACGUCAAUGUUCUAUCGUCCGAUGAUUGGCUGCACGUGUUUUCCCAAUUGGAUACUCGGACGCAGACUGGAUUACGCGGCGUGUGUUGCCAGUGGAAUUCCAUUUUGGAAUCUCCGGUGCUGACGACAUGUAUCCUUGUCACGAGCUCUGCCAGUGACUAUCAGUGGGUGUGCAGCCAGCUACAUUACUUUCUGCUGUCUCCCAUUUUCCACCGUCUCCGCAGAUCCACACAGCACAUCGUUCUGGACGAUCGCCAGUCUCAGCUGACCGCCAGUGAUUUUCUGCCUUUGGCGGGUAUGAUAGACUAUAUUUGCCUUAAAGCCGGCAAUCGCUUGCGAAUGGUCCAUGUCUUGGGAUUCCCUUUAAAACUGCAAGCUGAAGCCUCGGUUCCGUUGAACUGGAAAUUCUUUUGAUGGAAUAGAAUUAUUUUUAUGAAUCAUAAAAAUAAUUUAAUUCCGUAAAUUUGUGUAAAUUUUUGCAUUACUGUAUUAGGCGUGCGCCGUCCAUGCCACAUGAUUGAGAACUGAAAUGCGAAAGCAGUGUUUCGUGGAGCGGCGUGGUUUGGACACUGUAACCACGCUGGUCCUACAGUUAUCAAUUUUAUUCUUUUUGCAACACCGUUACCCAGUUAAAUCGGCGAUCGAGCUAUUCAUGCCGGUAUAUAUACACCCUGUCCACGCCAUGUUGGCGGCAUGGCAUUCUGAUUUUUUGCCGAACCGUGUCGUGCAAUUGUUCCCAACUUUUUCUAGUUUCUGGUGCAGUUUUCUUUUGCGCAUUUAAUGAACAAAACUUGUUUUGGUUUUCGAUUGCGAUGCCGCCAUAAACGCCUU